CCCACCCCGCCUCCGGGUAGCUCCUCCGCCAGAUUCCAACCGCCGGGGAGGAGCCAACCCCCAAUUCCCCAUCCCCCACCCUCCCAUCCAGGUCCGCCGGAUUGUUCCGAUUCGCGAGGCCGCGCACGAAUUCGAGAGGGCGCGUUUCCGUCGGGAGGGAUGAUGCUGGUGGCCAAGGAGUUCGGCGCGCUGUCGCCCCCGGGGGCGGUGGCGGCGCAGCGGAGGUGGGCCCCGCCGGCGACGGCGCGGGUGUCGCCGCGCGGCGGCGGGGGUUCGUCGCCGGUGGGGGACCUGUGGCUGCGGACGCGGGGUGGGGCGGACGGGCCCGGCGGGAGCCAGCACGGGAGCCACGAGAGCGACAUGGACCUGGCCAUGCUCGUCAGCGACUUCCUCGAGGGCGGCGGCGGCGGGGGCGGGGGCGGCGACUCGCGCGGCAGCAGCGACGGCGAGGCCGGCGGCCUCCACGACCUCGCCCACCUCGCCGACAAGAUCUCGAUGUACAAGCAAGCUGGAGACGAGAAGGAAAACGAGCUGCUCUCCGUGGUUCACUCGCUGCUGUUCUCGAUCCACGAGACAGAGCUCCAGGAUUUCAUAAGAGGUCAAUGUACUGGCAGCUGCAUCCAUCAUCUGCUCGUGAAGCUCCUGAGGUACUCGGGAUACGACGCGGCCGUCUGCGUGUCCAAAUGGCAGGGGUUCGACAAGAUACCUGGAGGUGAUCAUGAGUACAUUGAUGUCAUAAUAGACAACGACCUGACGGGUCCAGAGCGUCUGAUCAUCGACAUCGACUUCAGGAGCCACUUUGAAAUAGCCAGAGCAGUCGAUCCUUACGGCACCCUGCUGGACUCGCUCCCGGUGGUCUAUGUCGGCACCCUUCCAAGACUGAAGCAGUUCCUGAACGUGAUGGCCGACGCGGCGAAAUGGUCCCUGAAGCAGAACUCCAUGCCCCUGCCGCCCUGGAGAUCCCUGUCCUACCUCCAAAUGAAGUGGCACUCCAAGUACGAGAGGAAAGGCCUGCACUCCGAGCAGCAAGAGUUCCAGGGCGCAUCUCCGAGCCACGCGCUGUGCUUCGGGCAUCUGAAGCGGCUGAAAUCCUCACUGCGGCUGGAGCUCGAGACCGGAAGGCUGCUCAUGAUGCCGGUCAUGCAGGCCGGCACGAAGAGGACGGCGAUGUACGAGAGGCGGCGUAGGCGCUCCCUGCUCAGCUUCUGACGCCUCCUGGAUGCAGAAUUUUUUUGGGGAAAAGGAGAGGGUCUUUCUUUUUUUGCGGGAUUUUGACAGUUAUGAUGGGAGGUAGACGGUGGGUGCUAAGCACUAACAGGGGAGGAGAGUGCAGAUUACAUGCCAGUUUUUUUUUUCUGAAGGCAUAUAUACAAAAGGGAAAAAAAUACACAAAAUUCUUUUUCGAUUUCAUUUUUGGUUUCUUGGGCGGAAGAUGGAUGCUGGUGAUGAGCCCGCAAGCAUGCCAUGUAUGUACAACUGAGAGUUGCUACAAAACUUUCCCCCUUAUAUUGAUUUUUGAUCGUAUAUCUUCGUCC